CCACCAGAGCGUCGAGAGCUCUUCACCGGGACCGAGUCUCACACAGUGGGUCACCAUGGCAACGGGAGUGGCGGCGUGGUUACCCUUCGCCCGGGCGGCUGCUAUAGGAUGGAUGCCGGUAGCCAGUGCGCCCAUGCCGACGCCCCCGCCGGACAACCGGCGAAAGCAGGACGGGCUCAUCUUGCUCAAUGUCAGCGGACAGAAGUUUCAGACGUGGCGGAAUACAUUGGAGCGGUACCCGGACACUUUACUGGGCAGCACGGAGCGGGAAUUUUUCUUCCACGAGGAGACAAACGAAUACUUUUUCGACCGUGACCCGGAUAUUUUCAGACACAUUCUGAACUUCUACCGUACCGGGAAGCUGCACUACCCGCGCCAGGAGUGCAUCUCGGCCUACGAUGAGGAGCUGGCCUUCUUUGGGAUCAUACCGGAGAUCAUAGGGGACUGUUGCUAUGAAGAGUACAAGGACCGGCGGCGGGAGAACCAGGAAAGGAUCCAGGAUGACGAGGACAGCGAGAACCAGAACGAUAUGGUCCCGCCGGAUAUGACAUUUAGAGAAACCAUGUGGCGGGCCUUCGAGAACCCCCACACGAGCACCAUGGCCCUGGUGUUUUAUUAUGUCACCGGCUUCUUCAUUGCUGUUUCCGUGAUGGCCAACGUUGUGGAGACGGUCCCGUGCGGGACUUUGCCAAAUCGGGUCAAACAGGUCUCGUGCGGGGAGCGGUACGCCUUGGCAUUUUUCUGUCUGGAUACGGCCUGCGUCAUGAUCUUCACCGUGGAGUACCUGCUGCGUCUAAUGGCGGCCCCCAGCCGCUGGAACUUCAUCAAGAGCGUGAUGAGCGUCAUCGAUGUGGUGGCCAUUAUGCCCUACUACAUCGGCCUGGUCAUGACGGACAACGAGGACGUCAGCGGGGCCUUCGUCACCCUGAGGGUCUUCCGCGUUUUCAGAAUUUUCAAAUUCUCCCGCCACUCUGCGGGGCUGCGCAUCCUGGGCUACACGCUGAAGAGCUGCGCCUCGGAGCUGGGCUUCCUGCUCUUCUCCCUCACCAUGGCCAUCAUCAUCUUCGCCACUGUCAUGUUCUAUGCUGAGAAGGGCUCCUCAGCCAGCAAGUUCACCAGCAUCCCAGCAGCCUUUUGGUACACCAUCGUCACCAUGACAACUCUGGGAUAUGGAGACAUGGUUCCUAAAACCAUUGUAGGGAAGAUCGUUGGUUCUGUCUGUUCCCUGAGCGGUGUGUUGGUCAUCGCUCUGCCCGUGCCCGUCAUCGUGUCCAACUUCAGCCGCAUUUACCACCAGAGCCAGCGGGCAGACAAGAGACGUGCCCAAAAGGCAUCAAAGGCAGCAGGCCAGGCGCUGGUGUGCAAAGCCAACCCCAUGUUCGAUACGCACCACAAUCACCUAUUGCACUGCCUGGAAAAGACCACGAAUCAUGAGUUUGUGGAUGAGCAAACAUUUGAGACCAGCCUACUGGAGGUUUCCAUGGCGAAGCACCCGCAUCUCUCCCCCUCCCUCUCCUCUGGCUCCUCCUCCCAAGGCCUGUCGUGCUGCUCGCGACGCAACAAGAGGAAGAGCUUCAACGUGCCCAACUCCAACAUGACUGGAGGGCAUAGGAACAGCAUCCAGGAGCUUAGCACCAUCCACAUCAGAGAGAGACCCAUCACUAACAGUCGCUCCAGUCUAAAUGCUAAGUUCGAGGAGACGGUGCCUCUGAACUGCAAGCAACCCUACAUCACGGCAGCCGUCAUCACGCUGCCUAUGCCGCCCGUCACCACACCCGAGGACGACGGCUCCGCCUCCUCCCCAGACUACUCCCAGGCCAACAUCGUCAGGGUGUCUGCCCUCUAGGCCCCUUGCCCCACCCCCCACCAUCACCAUCAUGGUAAUCCUAAAAUGGAGAGAGAGAGAGAAAGAGAUAGACAGAGAAGCGAGUCCCUUCCCAGCUCCAAUCAGAGAAGGGCGUUUGCAGGAGGGAAAGGGGUAAGGGGAGGUGUGGUGGUUUAGUGGGCUGCAGGAUCCUUUUGGUUUUCCUACACGGAGCUACUACACGUCUGCUCUUGUGGUGAAAUCACAUUGCAGUGUAAAGCUGCAGCACAAAGCCCCGCCUUGGAUUUGUUGGUGGGGGAGAGACUGUGUUGCCGUGGCGACUGAGAUUAGCGCCUAGCAACGGACACACAAAUGGAGAGCAUUUAGCCACCUGGCUAACUAACUAACUGCAGCUACUCCUUCCAAACACUCUUCAAGAGAGAACUUACCAUUACUAUUUUUUUCUAUAUUGUGUGUCUUUAAAUGUGAUGUCUUAAAACUGAAAUGGAGGAGGUGGAAUUUGUUUUGUGUUUUAUUGUUUGUUAAGGCAGUGAUUUUGACUAGAGGAAAUGUAUAUUUGUAUGUUCUGAAAUGUGUGGAGUAGGAGAGAAAAGAAAACGACAUUUAAAAUAUUUUGACAAAAAGGAGAGCAAGGGGUGUAUGCACUGUGUGUGCAUAUGUCUGUGUACAUAUGUUCCUACCUUAUCAGAACCAGAAUGUCUGGACAAGGUAGGAAAACAAGAACAUUUUUGAAAAGUCAGGACGGAAUUUGUUUAAAUCCAAUUUUAAGCUUAAGGGUUAGGUUUAUGGUUUGGGUUAGGUUUAGGGUUAAGUGUAAGGUUUGGAGUUAAGGUUUAGGGUUAGAGGUUUGGGCUCAAGGUUAAGGUUAGGUUAAGGGCAGAGUAUGUGAGUGGAGUGGAGGAGUGGAGGAGUGGCCAAUUUGACUGAAGCUCAGAGCGAGAUUCCCAAAGGCUGGAGCAUCAUCCUUCUCGCCCGCUUUGAUUUCGCUCCAGUAGCGCUCACUUCACGAGCUCAGGGCAUGCCCGGGCAAGCAUGCAUUUUUAUUCAAGCCCCUUACUUUAACUACUGUCAUGAAGUUCGUUCAAUAUUUUCUUAAAUAAACUGAUAAAACACACAGGUGCAAAAUCAAGGUGACUUACAAAGAUGAGGACCGAGAGCAAGAGAGGGAGUGUGGUGAUGUAACUAAACUAAAUCUGAAAAGACACAUAUCCCAAAAGCAUGAUGGUGUACUUAUUACGGGCACAUGCUAAAAGAAAGGAACG